GAUGCACGCGUGGCGACCAAUCGCAGCUGCCCUCAAGUGACGCCAUCUCGUGAUAUUCGCAAAAGUUCACAUUCUUCAGGCCUUCCCUUCUACACCGCACCCUUCAACACUCUUGGUAUGGACAACACGAAAUGCUCGUUUCAGAGCCUUCCCGUGGAGCUUCGUCUACUCAUCUACUCCUUUGCGCUCGUGGAAUCCCCGGUCAUCACCAUCGGCACCGCGGAGCUGGUGGGAUCGCAUUCCGACAUUGUGCAUAGGCUAUACGCCGACCACCGCAAGCCCUUCCCCGGCAUACCGCACCACCACGAACCCGUCAUCGAAGCAGCCUACGACCCCCACCUCCUCUCCCUCACCAACCCAGCAAUCGUCCACCUUCCCCCAGCCCUUACCAAUCCACCCUCCCACCCCCGACUCCCCAUAAUCCCCGCAACAACCCUCUCGAGCCUCCUCCUCGUAAACAAACAAACCCACUCCGAACUCACCCACCACCUCUCCACCACCACAAACCACCCCAACCUGCACACCUCCCUCUUCCUCUCCUUCCCCGCCGGCCUGCACGUCCUCACCACCCUCGCCCCCACCCUCGUCCGCCAAACCCGCAGCAUCCACCUCGCGGGCAUCUACACAUCAGGCAACUUCGACGCCUCCCACGCCGUCUGUCUGCCCCUCAGCCAGCGCCUGCCCCCAGCCCCAUACGCGCAAAAACACAACGCGAACUUCACGCCCAACACCGCCGCCGAGCUGGGCGCGCUCAUAACCUCCCUCUUCGGGCCGGAGCCGCGGUACCCCGGCGUUGCGAAAUUGGAACUCAGAAUCUACUACCCUGGUUCCAGCAGUUACAACGCCGUGUGGGGCGACGACGAUAGUCCGACGUGCGUAGCGCUGCGCAGCAUCUUCGCCGGCGAAGUGGGGAUUGAAAUCUGGCGGGGGCAGAGAGGGACAGGCGUAUAUCUCAGUGCGUCGCGGAUGCCUGUGGAGGGGACGGGCGAGGCGCAGCCGAAGAAGCGACAUGUGAGUACGGUGUGGAGGAGACUGGAGGAGGGGCGGAGAGGGGAGCCGGCGUGUGGGAGUUGGGUCGUCGAUCCCAAGUGGCCCGAGUGGGAGGCGAGGCACCGUUUUGACGGCGGCGCGGGCGCGGUGGUAAGCGGUGAGGUCUCUGCUGUUGCUGGGGCUUAGAGAAUGCUCGCUGGAUGGAGAGCUGGAGAUGUGCGACGACCUGAAUACUCUUUCUUGAGGAUUAAUGACGAUAAUGACGUUGCAUGUUCCACCUGCAUCCUAUCUACCCAGACCUA